AUGCCUGGUCUCUUGCGCAAGUUGGUCAUUGUCGCUGCGGUCGAUGGGCUGGUCCUACACGGCACCGGCGUCAAUGGAUUGCGACAAAAACAUAACGGGAAUAGCAAUGAGGCAUCGUGUAUCAAGAUUGAUUACAAGACGAAACGGGUCACUACAGUCCCCGCGCCAUUGGACUCAUCUGAGGAGCAAAAUGCGCUCGAAGCAUAUGGACUUGUGGGCCUGCUGUCUAUUGCGUCCUACUCAUUCCUCGUCUCAAUCAGUCAGCGUCAACAGGUUGCACAGAUUCAGGGACGCCCCAUCUACGCAGUGACCAACGUCGCCAUUAUUCCCGUCUCCACCCAGGAAGAUGCUGGCCGUGCAAUUGAUCAAGCCCGCAAAGAGGCCUUGCAAACUGGUGCAGAUCUAGACACGGAAUCCGAGGAGGAAGAGGAAGAGGACGUCGAUCGGACGACUGAUCGAGUAGAAAUGGAGAUCAGCAGUGUACCUUCAUCGCCCGUUCGUGAGACACCGCCUCACCAACGGGAUAUGAGCGUCAGCAGUAUCGCUGAAGAAGUCAUUGGGAAGCGAGUACGAUUCGGUAGCUUCGCGGCGAAUUGGCUGUCGCGCAAAACCCCGGGUUUAGCUCGACCCAGUGCCUCAGACCGUGAAUCCCUUGAGUCACCAUUUGAGAAGUCGCCGCGAGAGUCGGUCGACGGAAGCGGUAGAAAGGAUGAAGCCACAAAGACCGCCGAGGCCGCGAUUCCUAAAGAAGUCGAAGAGCAUAGCGAGGCCCAGCCUGACCCAGCUCUGCCAGGCGAGGCUGACCGUCCAGUAGCCGAACAAGCCUCGCAGUUGUUGCCGAAGCUGCUUCGGUGGACGAAAGUGCUCUUUGCUUCUCGUAAUUUCUUCUUCUCAUAUGAUUAUGACUUGACGAGGUCUUUUGAGGCCCAGGAGCUGUGGAACGCACAUCAACCACUGCACAAGAGGGCGGAUCCGCUGUACUUUUGGAACAGAUAUCUCAUGAACGACUUGGUCGACAAUGGUGUUCAUGCCUUUGUCUUGCCCCUGGUGCAAGGCUUCGUUGGGCAGCGACAAUUCACCGUCGCAGCCUCAGCGGAUACGGCUCCUUCAACCGAAUCACCUGAGGAGACGCCCGUCAAGGCCAAAGUCGUGGCCGAAAGCACUGAAGCUCCCGAGGCAACUCAGCAUGAGUAUCUUCUGACUCUGAUCUCCCGACGCUCGGUCAAACGGCCAGGCCUCCGUUACCUCCGUCGCGGAGUUGAUGACGAGGGCAACACUGCCAAUACUGUGGAGACAGAGCAAAUUCUCUCAGUGCCGGACUGGAACACGUCUCGUAAGGUAUACUCUUUCUUGCAAGUGCGAGGCUCUAUUCCAUUGUACUUUUCUCAAUCCCCCUAUUCGUUCAAGCCGGUGCCGAUCAUGCAUCAUUCCGCUGAUGUCAAUCACCUCGCCUUUGGCCGACAUUUCCGGGAGAUGAGCCGCCGCUAUGGCAAAGUACAAGCUGUGUCCUUGAUUGAUAAACACGCCGGUGAGCUGAAGCUCGGGGAACAGUACCAGCAGUACACAAAAGCCUUUAAUGAAUCUGGCGGCAUUGAUGGAGAGCAGCUUCAGCUUGAAUGGUUUGACUUUCACAACGAGUGCCGGGGCAUGAAGUUCGAAAAUGUCUCGCGGUUGGUUGAUAGACUCAAGUCUACCCUGGAGCAAUUCGGAUAUGCGGCGAUCAAGGAUGGCUCGCCGAUUCGCACCCAGACUGGGAUUAUUCGAACGAACUGUAUGGACUGUCUUGAUCGGACUGGUGUUGCUCAGUGUGCCUUUGGCCAAUGGGCCCUUGAGCAACAGCUCCAGGCCGAGGGUCUUAAGAUCGACUUGGGCGGAGACUCAUCUACCCAAUGGUUCAAUAUUCUCUGGGGGGACUACACACGGACGCGUAAACGUGACUACCGGGGCGCUCUGAACGACUUUGGCCUCACGCUCUCGCGAUACUAUAACAACAUUGUCAACGACUACUUUUCCCAAGCAUGUAUCGACUAUCUUCUGGGCAACGUGUCAACUCAUGUCUUUGAGGAGUUUGCCGUGGAACUUCAAACAACCGACCCCGGCAUUUCCGUCGAAAAAAUACGUCAGAAUGCGAUUGACACCAGCUGCAAGAUUGUCAUCAGCAGUCCGUCCGAGGAAUUUCUUGGAGGCUGGACGAUGCUUACACCACGGCAGCCGAGCACUUUGCGCACACUCCCUUUCGAAGAAACCGUCCUUCUUCUCACCGACGCGGCCGUUUAUAGCUGCCGCUUCGACUGGGAGACGGACAAGGUACUUUCCUUCGAGCGUAUCGACCUUCGCUCCAUCUCCCGCAUUCAUUACGGAACAUACAUUACCUCUAUCCUGACCGACAGCCAAGCCGACGAACGAAGCAACGUAGGCUUGGUCAUCGUCUACCGAGAUGGCGAGGCAAACGCACUACGUGUCAACACCCGUUCUCUUCAAUCCAACGUCCAGCCAGCUGCGCUCGAAGCCUCCGCAAACAACGAAUGGGACCUCAUCUCGUGGCUGCGCGGUACCAAGCGUUCAACAUCUCGUUUCAUUGCAUUCAAGUCUUUGCCCGCAAAGGCUGCGUCUGUCAAUUCCCGACUUGAUUCACCGUCCGGUAUACAAAGUCUCCGUGAGCUCGACCGCGUUCGAUCUAUUUGCCUGGAGAUCGAGCGCGCAAUGCUGACGGGGGACGGUCAGAACAAGGAAGCAGCGUCGGAGUCGGUGGUCGAAGAAUCUGAUAUAAUAUCCUUGGAGGAAGCGAAAAAGAGGACUGGACUACUGGAACACUUGGUGCACGACAUCAAAAAGAUGGUUUGGGCAUGA